UGUCCAACUCCCCUCGCCCGCAGCCGGCACGAAACUCGAUCGCGGGGCGAAUUUCUCGCGGACUUUUGCCACACUCGCGACAACCCGACGUGUGGUGCGCUUCAAAAGCAAAUAUGGCAGGCAGAGGUGGACAUGAUAAUAAUAGAUAUGGUGGCGAGCGGGCUCGCAGACCGCUGCCGACGGAGCCGCCGUACAUCGCGUACGUCGGCAACCUGCCCCAGGGCGUCGUCCAGGGCGACCUCAACAGGAUAUUCAAGGACUUUACGGUGAAAAACAUUCGCCUGGUCAAGGACAAGGAAACGGACGUCUUCAAGGGCUUCUGCUACGUCGAGUUCAGCACGCUGGACGAGCUGAAGGAGGCGCUCGACCUGGACGGGCUGAUUGUGCUGAACGACAGCACGGCCGCGCUCCGGAUCGACAUCGCCGAGCAGAAGAAGAACGACCGCGGAGGCUUCACCAAGCGGGGUGGUCCUCAGGGUGGAGGUGGAGGUGGCAUGCCGAACCGUGGUGGCGGUGGUGGCUUCAACAAUAAGGGAGGCCCCGGCGCUGGAGGUGGACAGAAUAAUAGACAGGGUGGCGAAAGAGGCUACGGUAACGACAAUUAUGGAAGAGACGACUUCGACAGGAAUCGCGGACGUGCUAAUAAUUUUAAUGAUCGUGGGCCAAACCGCGGCAGAUACGGCAACUUCAACGAGGAAGGACGUGAAGGGGGCGGUCGGGAUGACUGGAGCCGUGAUGGCCCCGGCGGAAACGACAGAGGGGACAAUUAUAGCCGCGAAGGAGGAGAUCGCUACAGUCGAUUCGGCGGUGGCGGCGGUGGUGCUGGAGGUGGUGCUGGCGUCGGACGUAGAGAUAAUCGUGACAACGAUAGAAGAAAAGAUCAACCGCAGCAUUCGGCGGCGCCGGGGCUUAGUCUGGCGGAACGGGACGCCGGUAGACCCAGGUUGAACUUGAAGCCACGUACCGUGGCCGCUCCGUUGAAUGCGCUGGCAGAAACUAAGCAGGCGGCUGCCAUUUUCGGCGCUGCCAAGCCACGCGAGGAAAAAGUGGGUCCCGACGGAGCCGAUCCGGAAGUUUCUGCACGUAAAACGUCGACUUCCUCGUCGGGCGCCGGCGACGAUAAGAACGGGCCGAACUAAAGCUUUUUUCUUCUUCUUUAGUUUACGAUAACGUUAACGUUCAACUCCUUUUUAUUAUUUCUUUUGUCAAACGAGAGCGAAAGUAAACAGUUUUUACUAUAAAAAGCAAGAAAAUAGGAAAGAAAAAAACAA